AAACUAGCCAUUCUUCUUUGAGACACACACACAACACAAGUGGAGCAGCAAACAAAACUAACAGCUUAACAAAUGGGGCUUAUAAAUACAACACAGUUGAAAGUCAAACAAGCCCAGAUUAUAUUGCUCGGACUCGAUUCAGCUGGGAAAUCCACUCUACUAUACAAGCUAAAAUGUAAUGAAGUCUUUCUAACCUUGCCAACAAUUGGUUUUAACGUGGAGAUGAUUAAAACAUCAAAAGAUAUGACUUUAACAAUAUGGGAUAUUGGAGGUCAGCACAAAAUGAGGACUGCUUGGGACAACUAUUUAGAAGACCCAGACUGCUUGGUCUAUGUUGUGGACAGUGCUGACAAGCGGCGCUUGGAAGAAUCAAAGAAAGAACUGGAGCUUAUUUUAAGACGUGACAGUAUAAAGAAUCUGCCUGUGGUCGUACUGGCAAACAAGCAGGAUCUUCUUGGAGCUCUGGGUGCUGAAGAAAUAACUAGGAGACUCAACAUGAAGAAGCAUUGCCAAAACCGAAACUGGUAUGUACAACCCUGUUGUGCAGUUACAGGAGAAGGACUCUCAGAAGCAUUCCAAAAAGUGACAAAAUUUGCAAGAUUUUGCAUAAAAUCUAAACAAGAAGGCUUUGCAAUUUUCAAAAAACUUUAAACUAUCAUAUCAUAACCUGAAUAAGUAACCCAUUGCUGGCAUAGAAAAUUAGUCUGUUCAUUAAGCAUCUGAUUUUGUAAUAUGUUUUCCUAAAUUUUUUAAUAAAAGUGAAAUAUUUAUGACAGAUUUUGUGCCAGUCACUCAUUUCCAUUGGUCUUCAAAAAUAUUCUGUUACAUCUGAGGAAAGGAAUAUAAUUAAAUCCUGAAGUUAUGCAAAAAGAAUAAAGUUAGCUACAAUAUAAA